GGUAGGGAAAAUUACAGACUUUGGUCAUAAAUAGGGUAAGGGUUUUGGGAAGCGGGCCGCAUACCCCCACCUAAUAAUUUCUCUGGGAGUACCCACCCCUUUGUUCACCCCCACCACAGAGGCCACCUUUACCACCCUUAACACUCUGGCCACCCUCGCCUGCUUGCCAUCCCAGCUACCCUGGCCACCUUCACAACCCUGGUGCUUCUAGUCACCCAGGCCAUUCCAUCCAACCAAGGCACUCAGGUCAAACCUUGGAAGUUAUCCCAUGUCUUGCCUUCUUUGGUUGUUCCCCUGUACAAUAUUACCAAUCUCUAUCCCUUCCACUCAGUUGUUGAAGCACUCACAAAAAUCUACAUCCUGAAGUUAAGCACCAGCACAAUUUAAAAACCAAUAAUUGGAGGCUUAAAACAGACUUCAGCAUUAUUUUGUUGGUUAUGUGUUUGCAGGUCAUCUUUUUGUGCAGUUAUUGCAUGUGAACGUGCUCGUCUGGUGUCCAAGAUGGUGCUUAUAGCUGGUGGAGGUCCUGUGCCUCUUGUGGGUGUUAGUUCUUGCGAUGUGUUCUGCUUACCAACACCUUUGCUUUCAUGCAUCAAACCAAUGUUUCUGUCUGUGUACGAAAGGAGAGCAUACAACAGUCAGAGGGCAAGAUCAAUGAAGAAAAAGUUCAAAGCAUUUAGUGCUCCCCCAUUUGUAUUGAAAGCUGUGAUGGCUGGCCAGGUGUGGGAAGAAGGAGAUGAAAGUUACCAUCAGGAGCUGAUGGUUCCUGCAUUGUUAAUUUAUGGAGCUCAGGAUAAAUUUGUAACUCUCGAAGAAGAACAGUGGAUGCAGGAGGUGAUAUACAGUUCAUCACUGGAGGUUAUUCAAGAUGCAGGCCAUAUGGUCAUGGUAGAAUCUCCUGUGAACCAUGAGUCUUCCUUCUCCUUUCUAACAUCAAUAUUCAGGGUAAACUGGUUAAUACACAAUUUUCUGCAACGUGAUCCCACCACGAGAUCACUACACAGAGAGUCAUGUGAUCUUUCCUCAAAAGCAUCUAUUCAUGUUGCAACAAACAAUGAUGUAACCAAUACUCAAAAUGAGGCUGGGCCACUUCAGACAGUCACAGAAUGUUUUAGUGAAGAAGUCAGGAGGCGUUCAAGUGGACCGCUGUUAGAACCUUUAGAUGCAGAGAGUUUGAAGGAUGUCAGACGAGGUUCACGAUCAUCUCUUAACGUUCCUGGAACCAUUACGUCAACAAGAAGGUCAUCAGCAGAUGGAGAUGACGUUGAAGAAGUAGUCAUAGCAUCACCCCCGAGAAGCUCAGAGAUACGUUUAGAAAUACCACAAACUGAUGACACCGGUAACAAGGCUCCCCUGGUGGAUAUUGCAGAUAACAGGGUCGAGGCUUCUGCAAGUGAUGUUCAUUGUUUGGACAGUUUGUCAGAUCUGGACAAGAGAAAAUCCAGUGAAAAUGUCAGUGCAUUAGUGACUGGUUCAUUGUCUCCGAGUUUAGGAGCAGUUCAUAUUAUGAGACCUUUAGCAGGUGUGGCUUGGACAAACAAUACUGCCAAUGCCAGGGCGAAGAGCCGAUAUUCUCUACGGUCAUUUCUAAGACCAAAGACACAGCAAAGUGAGAAUGUCACAGGCUCACAAAGUGCGCCACCAAGUCCAGCUAGCAGUAGAUCUGCUAAAUUUUAACAGAUUCAUUUUAGUAUUAUUUUAAGCAGAAUGAAAUUGGCUCAAGUGCACUCUUGAGUGCAUUUAGCAGUGGAU